AUGACUGAGGCCGUGGUGGACGAGGCCUCCAAAAGGCCCCUGGAGGAGCCUGAGGUGGAAGGUGUGGAUGCCAAGAAGCAACGUACCGACGAGGGGAACGACGCUGAUGAGGGCAGCGACGCCAUGGAGGUCGAGCCACCAUCCACCAGCCAGCCGGUCACUGUUGGGUACCGUACAUUUGAGAACGGGGCGGCCCUCCACGAGUACUACCAGGGUCUACACUCCAAGCUGAGGAGCUACCAGAACCUCAACGAUUACGAGUUUCACAUGGUCCUGGAGCUGAUCAAGAAAGGGCACCCCGAUGCUGAGCGCAAGGUGCCUGGUGGCGUGGCUGCCAUCCAACUGCAGAACAAGGAGUAUGAUGGUCGCCAGACCUCAUGCUUCCACCUCAUCCGCCCGGAUGGCAGCGUGGAGGAUGUCUCCUACAGGAAAUGCAUUGCCAGCUUGGACGCCACCGUGGCAACCCUGCUGGCCAAGGAGGAUGGGAAGAAGGCAUCGCCAGCCAAGGCGGGAGACGCCAGGUGCAAUCCGAUACACAUUCAAAGGGAAGGCGACUCCUUUGCCGCCCCAGCCCUCAUUCUGCCGCCCAGCCCCGACCAGGCAGCCGCCCCCCUGCCAGGCCUCCGUCCCGGCGUCCCGGCCCUGGUCCUGCCGCAUGCCGAGGGUUUUGCCGUGGCAUGCACGGGCUCCGGGCGGCGUGUUGUCGAUGUCCCCUCCCCCCAAGGAGCAGGCAUGCUCACCUCGCUCCUGGCCUGUUGUGCUUGGAGCACGAGAGACGGCCCGCACGUCCUGGCAGGGUACGAGUCUGGGAUGCUGGCCCUGUGGCGGCUAGCGCAGCCGCCGGCCCCGCUGGCGAGCUGCGCGCUGUCCAAGCAGCCCCUGCUGGCGCUGGCCCGUUGCCCAGCGAGGGGGAGGGGCGUGGCUGCCGGCCCGCGGGCUGCCCUGCUCCCCUUCAGGCUGGAGCUUGGAGGAAAGCGUGAAUCGGAGCGUGAAACGGAGCAUGAGGUGGAUCAAAGGACAUCUGCCCCGACGUCGGACGGCAGUUCCCACAACGACGACCAUCAAUGGGCCGAGGCUGCGCCCCGGAUCAGCAGGGGCACGAGGGUUCCUCUGUCCAGUGCCGGGGUCAACUGCCUGGCCCUGCGCUCCGACGGCAGGCUCCUCGCCCUCGGUGGCUGGGACGGGCGGGUCAGGGUCUUUGCCUUCCCCUCCCUACGGCCGCUGGCGUCGCUCGCGUACCACACCGAGUCCGCCACAUGCCUGGCAUUUGGCACCCCUGCCUCUGGCCUGCUGGCGACAGGGUCGAGGGACGGCAGCAUCGCACUGUACAUUCUGUACCCAUUUGCAGAGAAGCAGGCAGGCAGCGAGCCAGAGGAUGGACGAGAUCUCGAGCCCUGA